AUGGUUUCUUCCCGUCCGCGUACUCCAGACUGUCAGUCGGACCGGUUUGGGGCAUUGCAGCCUUGCCACAUACGACUCUGGAUAACGCAGUUGCAAUGCUGCCAUUACAAUCCGUAUCGAGUUCGAAAGGAGGCGGAGUUUACAUCCAUCUCGAAAAGCCGAGGCCCUCGUGCUUCCAGGGGUAGAGAUGUUGGCAUCCCGCAUGAUGGAUGCGAGGGAUAUAUGAGUUCCAGAACCAGUCACACUUUUCGUGGCUUGCACCUAAUCUUCAUCAACAUGAGGCUCUCUUAUCUGGCCGUAGCCACCGCCUUGGCUACCAUCACAACAGCUGCAGCAACCCCCAAGCAGCAAUGUCACUGCCUGCCCGGUGACUCUUGUUGGCCCUCAGUCUCCGCCUGGAACCUGCUCAACGCAACCGUUGGUGGGCGUCUGGUCGCCACCAAGCCCAUUGGAUCGCCCUGCCAUGAUCCUACAUACGAUGCCGCGGCUUGUGCUGCUCUGCAGUCAUCCUGGACCAACCCCUUGACACACAUUCCCUCCUCGUCUUCUGUUAUGCAAUCUUACUUUGCCAACCAGUCCUGCGACCCUUUUACUGACAGAGCUGUCCCCUGCACCCUCGGCAACUAUGUUAGCUACGCUGUCGAUGUCCGCUGCACCGCAGACGUCAGCCUUGCUCUCACGUUUGCCAAACUCAACAACCUCCGAGUCGUCGUCCGCAACACCGGUCAUGACUUCCUUGGACGUUCUACCGGUGCCGGGGCCCUUGCGAUCUGGACCAACCACUUGAAGACUAUUGACUUCUCAACAUGGUCUGACAAGUACUACACCGGCCCGGCCGUGAAUGUCGGUGCCGGUGUCCUCGGUUACGAGAUCCUUGAGGCUGCCCAUGCAAAGGGUCUUGCUGUCGUCUCUGGUGAAUGCGCCACAGUUGGCCUUGCUGGCGGUUUCACUCAGGGAGGUGGCCACUCUGCCUUGUCAACUCAGUUCGGUCUCGGAGCCGAUCAGACCCUCGCCUUCCAAGUAGUCACCGCCGACGGUAAGACUGUCGUCGCCUCUGCGACACAGAACACCGACUUGUACUGGGCCCUCAGCGGUGGCGGCGGCGGCACGUUCGGCGUCGUCACUGGCCUGACCGUCCGUGCCUACCCGGCCCAAACCGUCGGCGGUGCUGCCUUCCAGCUUCUCGCCGCGACGACCACGCCCGAGAAGUUCAACGCCGCUGUCUCCAAGUUCCACGAGCUGCUGCCCGCCAUGACAGACCAGGGCGCUUUUGCUGUCUUCCUCCACAACGCCCAGUUCCUCGUCCUUCGUCCCUUGACUGUCUGGAACUCGACUGCUGCCUACGUUCGCGACGUCGUCCUUGCGCCCUUCACCAAGGCCCUCCAGGAGGAACUUGGUAUCACUCUGGCCGUUGCUUACAGCGAGCUGUCUUACCGCGACCACUACGACCGCUACAUGGGUCCUCUUCCCCAAGGCAACCUUGAGGUGACGCGCUACCAGUUCGGUGGUCGUCUUAUCCCCCGCGAAGCGAUCGAGAACAACAACGCAGAAUACCAAAAGGUCGUCCAGAACCUGACCGCCAACGGCGUCCUCCUCGCCGGUAGCGUCGGACACUACAACAAGCCCGCCGGUGCGCCCGAGAACUCGGUUCACCCGGCGUGGCGCAAGGCCGUCAUGCAGCUCCAGCUCAUUACUAACUGGGACAAUGCUGCGCCGUGGGCCGAUAUGGAGGCUUCGCAGAAACGCAUGACGGAGGAGUUCGUGCCUUGGAUUACGGCUGUUACUCCGGGUAGCGCUUCGUACAUGAACGAGGCUGACUUCAGGCAGCCGGAUUGGCAGAAUGCCUUCUUUGGUACCAACUACGCCAAGUUGCUCACGAUUAAGAAGAAGUAUGAUCCUGAAUCGCUCUUCUACGUCCUUAAGGGCGUCGGUAGCGAGGCGUGGACUGUUGCAGCCAACGGACAGAUGCUAUCUCUAGGGUUGAGGAUGUUCUCUCCAGUCAUUGUACAAAUUGCGGUAGCGAGUCUGACCGAAUGCCCCCUCCUUUGCGUCACAAAGAAGAUCCAAUCAGUGCUAGUCUGUGGCAGGAUACCCGCUCACUUUGCUGAGGUUUCUCACAUGAUUGCAUCAACAAGAACCGCCACUCUGUUACUCUCAGAUCACCACGGGGUCCACCGAAAUCACAGAACCAUGUCUUUGACGGAUGAAAUCUACCCUACGCUGAGUCGCGAAACAAAAUCAACCAGGCUCCUGCAAUUUCAGCCCCAGCAGGAAGACGAACCCUUGCAAUGCACGCUGACAACACACUCGCUUAACGACGCUCCCCCGUUUAUCGCUCUCUCAUACGUUUGGGGAGCGCCUGAACCAACCCACGACAUAACCAUCAACGAAGUUACAUUCCGGGUGCGAGAGAAUCUAUGGCACGCCCUCCAACAACUGGAAAAUAUCGCCAACAACGACGGAAACUGCAUCUCACAGCAGAAGAAGUCCGGCACGAUAUUACCAAAAUACUUCUGGGUUGACGCGAUUUGCAUCAACCAACAUGACAACUCGGAGCGCGGUCAUCAAGUCGGCUUGAUGAAGGACAUUUUUUCCAUGGCACACUUUGUGAUUUCGUGGAUAGGACAGGAAGAAGGCGAAAUCGCCGCCAUGCUUGAAUAUCUCAAGGGCCUCAAGCACACUGCCCGAAGGGAGAGGAACCACUACCUUCGCUCACAGAAGCGGAAGUUCUCUUUUAAAGACGUAAAGUGGUUUGUGUCACGACCGUAUUGGUCCCGGAUAUGGAUUGUGCAAGAGUUUACUUUGGCUAGAGAGUUAUGGGUAUUAUGCGGAUCUGUCGCCAUAUCAUGGACUUCCCUGCAACAGUUUCGACCAUUUGGCAUAUCUGACCAGACAAAUCUUGGGUUCAAGCAUCUCUCAAAGUCGGAAAGUCAUUACAGCAUCGAGCCCCGUGUCAACAGCUGUAGAGAGUUAUCAAAACUCCGACGGUCGUGGCAAACAGAUCCGAAACGCCCUUCCUUCACAGACAAAGACCCCGGCUUUGGAGCGAGACCCAAAUUGACCCGCCUUCUCGCCUUUUCGAAAGACUAUCAUUGUACGGAUCCUCGGGACCGGGUGUAUGGUCUACUGGGGCUGACAGAGGAGGACGGCAUCCAAGACCGAUUGCCAGCUGACUACAACAUUACGCCGUUCCAACUCUAUCACCGAGUGAUCAACCAUUUGAAGAGUCAAGGGCAGUCUUUUCUCCCUCACCUGUUUCGUGACAGGCUUGCUCAGGGACUCCAAAUAUGCGAUCACGACAGUCUCCCAACGUCUACGUUUCUCUACGAAAUAGUGGCGAGCCGAUGUGUGAAAAGACUCCUACACACUGGUGCAAAUAUGUGGAGAGAGCAAUUUCUAAAGGAAGUCACGGGGUUUCUAGAGAUUGCGGAUGGAGAUGGUGAUGCUCAUGCAAUGUUCUCCAGGAUCAUCUGCGGAAUGAGCUCCUUUCCUUCCAACGAAGACCCAACCACUUGGGCAGAGUUUGUUGCAGCCCUAAAGAAUGCUUUGAGAGUUAAUGACAAAGACUUAUUGAAGUUCCCGACAAUUGAAGUUGAUAGUUUUAAUGAGAGGUCAUGA